UAUCUGUAUUGUGAUUGUGAAAUGUAUCAUUCGCCAUUUAUUUUAGUUUCAUCACAAUUUAUCCAGACUUGCUUUGAACAACAAGUAAAUUGAAUAUACCUGAUUUGUGCUCGUAGAUUCGAAUUGUUUUUUUAACAAAAUGAAUUCGCUUUUGAAUCCCGAAGCACCUGAAUUUUAUCCCCAUUUGACAUCAGUCACACAGGUGCGUGAUUUGCGUUUUAGAGACGGAGAUGGAUACUCAUCUAUGAACAAAACAAUCAGAACGUCAAAUAAACUGCCAACAGGUGCCUCUCAUAAUAUGUUCAAAACAUAUACAAAUUUUAACAUUGUUAAGGGCCAGUUAAGUGUAAAUGUUGUUGCACAAUCCAAUAAAAUAGUUACCAGCGAGCUGCCUUCUGUGAAGCUGAAAUACGAUGAUAUUCAAGACAAUACGGACAAAAUUAUUGAUGUGAAUGACUCUACGUUAGACAGAGUUAAUAUAAACUUAGACACAAAAAGUGGUGUUAAUGCACCAAGUGACAAUUUCAUAAAAUCCAUGGGGAAAGUGUCAUCGUGGAAUAAUAAGCCUGUAAUUGCGAAGAUACAGAUGGGUUCCACUACCUUUAUUGGAGCUAAGAAUAUACCUCGACCACAGUUGACAUUCAAAGACACUAUUGAUAACUCCGAGAGCUUGUGGGUACCAAAAAUAUCGGACAAGCCAAAUAACAUCAAACCCCUUGCUUUGAAUAUUCUUUACAAUGAAGACGGCGAGGUCGUUGGAUAUGAACAUCCUUAUAAAGUGGAGUUGGAUUUGUAUCACCCUCCCUCUGAGUUUAUUGACCCUGAUCCGGACACUAAUUCGUUUCCUCCUUCAUUGGAAGAAACGAACCUUACAUAUAUUGACACAGAGUCCCAAAUAGAUGAGCUUGUCAAACACCUGGACACGGUAAAGGAGCUGGCGGUUGAUGUUGAGCAUCACUCUUACAGAACAUACCAGGGUAUAACUUGCCUAAUUCAAAUAACAACGAACGAAGGUGGCGAUUUUUUAAUCGACGCGUUGGCAUUACGCGAACAUAUACACAAGCUGAAUUUGGUUUUCACGAAUCCGAAAAAGUUAAAAGUCUUCCACGGUGCUGAAAGCGACGUGAUUUGGCUACAAAGGGAUUUUGGUGUUUACCUCGUUGGGUUGUUUGAUACGCACCAAGCUGCCAGAGCACUGCAGUUCUCCGGACUGGCUUUGAAGAAUUUACUUUUGCACUAUUGCAAUGUAAACACUGAUAAAAAAUACCAGCUGGCAGACUGGCGUAUUCGGCCAUUACCAGAAGAGCUCAUACAUUACGCUCGACUGGACACGCACUAUCUGCUUUAUAUAUGGAGACAGAUGAAGCAAGAAUUAUUGGAGGCGUCUGCUGGACAUCCAAAACUGUUGCUCUCCGUAUUCGAAAAUAGCAGACACAUUUGUAACAACACAUACAACAAGACAGUCUUACAUGAGGACAGUCAUGUGCCUCUGUAUUUGAGUUCCAAGAAAAAUUUCAAUUCACAACAGAUGGCCGCUUUGAAGAUGAUUUACAAGUGGCGUGAUGCACAAGCGAGGUUACACGAUGAAAGUACUACAUAUCUCCUACCGAACCACAUGUUGCUAUUACUCGCGGAGACCUUGCCGAGAGAGAUGCAGGGCGUCAACGCUUGCUGCCAUCCAAUGCCACCCUUCGUGAAACAACACUUAAACACCAUACACAAAAUGGUGUUAUCGUGCCGCCAGUUGCCUGUGGAGCCCCAACUUUAUCAUAUGCCGGCCAGCAUUAGAAACAUGGUGAAUACCAUGCAUCACCCAAUCUUGUACAACGUCCACGAUCUCACGUACUUUCCAGAUAUGAGUGAAGACCUACCAAUGUCCGUGGAUGGUGCUGCACUAUUGGCAGCAGACUAUACAGGACUUUGUAAGCCCACUAUACAGGCUUUCGAAGAAAUUACUGAAGAGGCUUUUGAAGAAAUUCCUGACAAGAAAGUUGGCAUUGUAUCGGGCUUGAACGUUGACGCAAAGUUAUUUAUUCCACCAUACGACCGUUAUAAGAAAUACCGAACGUUAGCUCAGGUGGAGGAAAUAAAAGAAUACAAAAUUAAGGAAGCAAAAAUUACGGCAAUAUUGAAAGAAAACGAACAGAUGAAAACAGAAGUGCUUGCUCAGUUGCAGCAAGCAAAAGCGAAAAUCGAACAAGAAACAAAUAAUGACGCGGCUGAAGUUCCCGAAACGAUUGUUAUCGAAGACGACGUUCAAGAAACGAAGAGCCAGCGCAAGCGGAAAAUGUCAGCCGAUAAAACGGAACGAAAGGGGCAAGCUGGCCGUGUAGAUCUCAAGAAAGAAUCUGAAGAAAACAAGAAGGCAGAAGGCAAGAAUAAUCAAGCACCAAAUGUAAAUUACAAGAACGUAAAUUACAGGAAAUUUUAUACCGACAACGACACAAGGAAAGUGAAUCCUAAAAUAAAAUUUAGAACGGAAAAGUAAACUUUUUUACAUUGAUACAUUUAUAUAAUAAGCGAAACUAUACGUAUUAUAAAUAAUCCGUUUAUAUCUCUUUUUUGCUGUUGUUUUAUUUCUUUGUAUGGCUAACUAUAUGAGGGUCAAAGACUCGAUCUUUUAUUUAUAAGUCGUCAUUUCGUUAUAAGUAUAUUUUCGUAAGAAAUGUACACAUACUGUUUGUGAAGCCGGUCCAUUAGAAUAUUGUGGGUUUUCAAGAUAUUAAGUAUAUUAAGUUUAUCCACAAUGUACAUAUUAAAAAUAUGUGCAUUGUUGCCAAAUUAUUUCUAUGUACGUGUUCGAAAGAAUAAAUGUAACGGGCACUUAUUAUUUAGUUGAUUAUUCAAAUUGACUGGUUAUUUUUAGAACAGGGUAUCAAAUCGGGUUUCUUUUGAAUGUAGUUUUAAAUUUAGGAAAUAUUAGUUCUUUUUGAUAGAUUCUGGCUGCGUGUUUUGGUGACAUUUAACAGUUUUCUUGGGUAAACUGUAAUGAUACACUGUCAGGAUAUAACUGAUAUCUCCUAAACAUAUAUUACUUACAAAAGAACCCCGAUUUAUAAAGUUAGGUAAACAUAUUUUUAUUUAACAUUUGUUUUUCACUAGACUCUCUGAUUAGACAUUCUAAGUGAUCAUUAAAU